AGCCAGCCUACUUUUUAAGCCUGAGAGAACUUCCCUGUUCAAACCUCAUACCAUAUAUCUCCUACCGGCAAAACAUGGGUAAUUGUUCAAGUCAAUAAAAUGGGAUUCUGAUAAAUGGGAUUCGUACUAGCCAGAAGUUGGGGUCCAAGUUAAUAUCUUAGAAUUAGCCAGAUAGACAUUUCUUCCACUGCAAGGUGUCUGUAGUUAAGAUAGAGAAAUAAUAGCCGAAAGAAAAUGGAUCGUUUAGCAUUCAAGUGCUUGAAACGUUUCAUUCUAGCUCUUACUUUGCUUAUUCUCCAGUGCAGUUGUCAUUUAUUUGUUGCUGCUGGAGACACCCUUUCGUUGGGGGCUUCCCUGAGGGAAAAGCAGACCAUCAUUUCAAAGAAUGGCACUUUUGAAUUGGGAUUUUUUAGUCCCAACAGAACCAACAACUGGUAUGUUGGCAUUUGGUAUGCCUACAUCUCUGAGAAGACUAUCAUUUGGGUGGCUAACAGAGAGACUCCCAUCAGCGACAUGCCCGGCGUUUUUACGCUCUCUUCAACUGGUUAUCUCACUGUCUCUGACUCGCAAGGAAAAGUCAAGUAAUAAUACCCAGCAUACAAAGGGAUCCAGGGCUUCCAUACUCGACACUGGUAAUUUUGUUCUUUUUGGCGCCCAAAACACUUCUGAGAUUGUAUGGGAGAGCUUUGGAGAUCCCACAGAUACACGUUUGCCUACGAUGAAGUUUUGGAAGGGCUUGAAACUAAAAUCAUGGAAAAGUUCAGUGGAUCCAGCGCCUGGGCCCUUCUUUCAACAAAUGAAUCCAUCCCCAGGAAAAACUGACCUUCAACUGCAGUACAAAAAUAUUGUUCCAUAUUACAGUACGGGAGAAUGGACUGGUAGCUACUUUACCAAUUUGCCAGGGAUUCCAUAUUAUUCCGGUUUGAAGCUGGAAUUCGAGGUGUUUUCUCCCACAAGAAUGUACUACACAUAUAAGCUUGGACCCCAAUUUCUGGCUAGUACGAUGAUGAUGAGACAUGUUCUCAAAUGGAACGGCGAGCUAUUAAUCUACACUUGUACUGAUAAUAAUAGCUGGAGCCCGGUUUGGUAUCAACCCCAAUCAAGCUGUGGCGUGUAUGGUGUAUGCGGGCCGUACGGAGUAUGUUUCACCCAAGAAAAUAUUGAGUCAUGCAGAUGUAUGGAAGGCUUCCACCCAAGAAACGCUGCUGCCUGGAGUUCUCAGGAAUGGUGGUCUAGCGGUUGUGUUCGGCGUACACCAUUAAACUGCGCUGCCAUCAAUGGCAGUGGCACCACGGAUGGUUUCCUCCAAGUUACUGAUAAGUCUCUAUCUGAUAAAGAGCCUUUCCAAAUUAUGUCAGACUCGACUCUACUAGGAUGCAAGACUGCUUGUCUCAACAAUUGCUCCUGCACGGCUUUUGCUUUUACUGUUUCAAAUUCACAUAUAACUUGUAAAUUGUGGUUUGGCGAUCUUUUAAGCAUGCGGACUAAGGCCCCUUCUGACAGCCAGCUCUUGUUCAUUCGAUUGGCUGCUUCUGAUGUGUUACAGUUGUCAGCCCACGCGGGAAGAAGCAGCAGCAGAGCAGUUGCACUCUCCAUUUCAAUUCCUCUGGGCGCAGCUGUUUUGAGUAGUCUGUUCAUUGGUGCAUGCUUUAUUCACCGCAGGCGCCGAAAAAUGCUUGAGAAAUUUGUGAAGGACUACGCAUCAACAUCGCUUAGAACAUUCACCUACAAAGAGCUCAAAGUUGCGACCAAAAAUUUCGUCCAUAAGUUGGGAAAGGGGGCAUUUGGCUGUGUCUUCAAAGCAACUCUGCUGGACAAAACCCUUGUAGCCGUGAAAAAAUUAGAGGGUUCCGCACAAGCAGAAAAGCAAUUCCGUGCGGAAAUAAGCACCAUUGGAAACAUACAUCAUGUGAAUUUGGUGAAGCUCCGUGGAUUCUGCGUGGAAGGGUCUACAAGAAUGCUUGUUUAUGAGUACAUGGAAAACGGGUCUCUCAACUCUUUCUUGUCCAGCAAAUCCAAAGAAGAAGACAAGGUACUGGAUUGGAAUACCAGAUAUGGAAUCGCUUUGGGCACUGCAAGGGGAUUACUUUAUCUCCAUGAAGAAUGCAGAGAUCGCAUCAUCCAUUGCGAUAUCAAACCAGAAAAUAUUCUUCUAGACGCAGAUUUCUCUCCAAAAGUGGCUGAUUUCGGACUGGCAAAGCUUGUUGGCAGAGAUUUCAGCAGAGUGCUGACAACAACAAGAGGAACGAUAGGAUAUUUGGCUCCCGAGUGGCUGACCGGUGUGCCAAUAACAGUGAAGGUGGAUGUAUACAGCUUCGGCAUGACCCUCCUCGAAAUAAUCUCAGGCCGACGAAAUAGUGAUUUGAGCGUGCAAGAAUCUCAGCGGUACUUUCCGACAUGGGCAGCAACUCAAAUUCUCAAGGGGAACACCAUCGGCAUUGUGGAUGAAAGAAUUACAGACGGGGUGGAUGUUGAAGAGGUGAUAAGAGCAGUUGUGGUAAGCAUUCUGUGUAUUCAAGAGGAUGAGAAUGGGAGACCAACCAUGGCUCAAGUUGUCCAGAUAUUGGAAGGCAAAUCAGAAGGUAACAUGGAAAAAUAUGAGAGGUGCUUGCAAGCGCUCAUCGAUGAUCAUUGUGUUUACUAGAAAUUUUAAACAUGGAUACCAGGGGAUACCCUGGAGAGUCCUCGCAUGCUAGAGGCAAUGAGUUACCCUCAUCAUACACUAACGAUCUAAUGUUGAUGAAAAAGGAGGAGUUGACAUAGGUCCAUGAUGGCACCUUAAUGGCCAUUUCAUUUGGCCUUGAUAGCUAUACGGUACAUAUAUUAUUGUACCUAGUCAUUUAGGGGACUAGAGGAUACCUUGGAGAGUCCUCGCAUGCUAGAGCCGAUGAGGUACUUUCAUCAUACACUAACGAUCUAGUGGACACAAGUAGCAUGAGUGAGCUGUCACACAAUUCAGUUUCUAGUAGUCCAGUCAGAGACAAGGGAAAGGUAAUUGAACGCAAACAUGAUUGAAUUAAGAGUUAAAAUAACUUAUAAUGAUUAUGCAUGUCUACAUAGAUUAAUAGUUUUGCAUACUUGUCAUCUUUAUGUACAAAAAUUGUUGUCUUCACAUCCUUGUCGAGUACACCCACUAUAUUUGAAGAAGAAGAAGAGAUGCCUCAGAUUGUGUAUGAAAAUCUUGAUGACAUACCUUCUCUACCGAAGGCAUAUGUCAAGACUCCUCCAAAGAUAAAGAGAAAACAUGGAGAUGAGGAUCCUUUACAAAUGAGCAAUGCAACAAAGAGGACCAAUUUUGAUGAUCCAUCAGUAGUUUAGGAUGUUAUAGAUCAUUUUGGGAUACUUACAUGUCUAGUUGGCAUGUAUAUUUUGUAUAUGGACAUACAUUUACAUAUAUUGACAUAUAUUUUGUUUGACUUGGCAUUUAUGCCAUUUUUGUA